AUGCCAUGUUUAGCUAUUUCAGUAGUUAUAAUGACAGUCGUAGUGAUAAAAUCUAUUAAAGCCACUUAGGAAUGUUACUCUGCAGCUGCUGCUGAAUCUGAAUAAGCUUUAAAUGCGAUAAAAACGGUCAAAAUGUUAUAUGGAGAAGAUUUUGAAUGUGAGAAAUAUUCAAGAUAACUAAUUGUGGCAGCCAACACAACUGUAAAAUAUAGUUUAUUCUCUGGUAUGGCUUUGGGAUCAAUUUUUACAUUCAUGAUUUGGACAUACGCAUUAGGAUUUUAUUAUGGAGCUAAAUUAAUAUCUGAUUAAUUGAUUAACUCUAAUACUGGAAUGAUAUAUACAGUUGGAGAUGUUAUGACAGGUUUCUUUGAUAUUUUGAUGGGUAGCUUUUCAAUCGGAUAAGCUGGUUCAUGUUAUUAGCAUUUGCAAAAGGAAAAGUAGCUGGAGCAUAGAUCUUUUUCAUUAUAGAUCGUAUUCCAAAAAUAUUGA